GCAACGUGCUGGUCCUUUGAGUGCACCACUUUUCGUGACAGAUAAUUCUCGUAGAUGUUGCGUAAUAUUCGAAAUUAGAAGACAUUCCGUGACAAAGAGAAAAGAAUAAGAAUCUAAGGCCAAACGAAAAGUAAAAACCACAAUACAUUGCGACUGAUCCAUUUUUGAAGAUUCCAGAUCAUCGAACACAAGGCAAUACCAUGACGAUAAUUCGACGUGCUGACUUGCUGGAAAUAGAUGAUGCUGGAGAGGAAGAAGCUUCAUCAGAGUUCUGCCACAACGACUACGAUGUUGACUUCCACAUCGAUGACGUCUUACCUCCGAUACAACAUGCAGCGCAACAUGUUAUUAUGUCGGCAAGCGACCGAGCGCGCCCUCGCACCUUUUCGGAGGAGCUUCGUGGGUGUGCUGAGGCGGCAAUGGCGCGAAGCUUUACGCCACGUGAGGUCAUCGAGCUCGCCGAAGAGAAGAUCAUUUUGCAAAAGGGCCGCAUGUGCAUAGUGGCACAACUUAUCGGCACUCGACAUAAUCCAAUCUCAUACACAGUUUCCCACGCGCAAAGUCAUACAGCAACAACUAGGGCGUCAAAAAAUAAAAGAAGUACAACUAGUCCUCUGAUGAAUCAAAAGAUUACAGGUUCAGCAGAUGUGAACAAUCAUGAACGAAGUAGUGGUCACAUGAUUAGUCAUAGUAAGAUGAACAUCAAUAGUAUGGACAAUUUUCUUACCUCCGGGGAAAAAAUCUCACGUGCAAAUGCAACAUCAACAACUUCAACUGGCAGAAGUGGACAUAUAGGAGUACUCCGUCGUGGAUCUGAAAAGAACAGUAAAAAUUUUGCAGCAUAUCACAGUAGUAUGACAAGAAGAGACUCUGGCACACACAGAGCAGCAGGAGACAAAAUGCAGAAUCCGAAUGGGAUUUCCAAGAAAAUACAACAUAGUUCUUCGGAUGCGCAGGCCUCUGGGUUGGAUUCCACGGUGACGAACUCAACGCAACAGCGCCAUGGAAUCAAGUUGCGACAUCGUCCUGGUGUCGCAUUUCAGGGUUCACUUGCCGUAGUCAACGCAGCCCAGGAUGCCGACUGUUUUCGAAUGCUGUAUGCUUUGGCAUUGCUGGCUCAGAAUCGCGUUAAUGAGGCGCAUAACGUGGUAACGCUCUUAGAAUGGUCCUUAGGCGUCCAGUCUCAAGGGGCAUAUGCAUUAGAGCAUGAAAAUCGAUGCAGCAUGAAUGCAACUCAUGAGCACAACAGGUGGGAGCAACAAAUUGAUCAACGAUCCUCUACUCCACGAACACAUUCUUCUCCAAGAACACAUCCCCGACCGGAAAGAUCUAAUGGAACAGGUGAACAUGAUGUACAAGAGCGUAGAAUUGCGAAAAAGCAGUCCCCGUUAGUGGCGGAUCCUUGGCUGCCUGAGGAAGCGAUGAUGCUUUUAGAACAGGAUACGUCAUCGUCGAGUUCUGCAUCGAAGAAAAGGCUUUCGCCUUACGAAGUAGACGCGAGUGACGGACGAGCUUUCGUUUUCGAUCGUGCGAGAGGCGAAGUCAUAGAAGUGGAGGACUAUUCAAUCGAUAAUCUCGCGAAAACACUAACGAUGGCGAACGGCGUCGACGCACAACAUCAACAGUCUAACGCCGAAUCUCGUAGUGAUUUCUUUGAACGGGUGAUGACAAAUCUGAAGGAUCCGCGGCGCCGUGGAAGUGCUGUACCGAAGGCGAGUCUGCAUUUUUGUAGUUCGGAUUUGCUCGCCGCUGCUGCGCCACCGGAAGAAACGCAUGGCAAUGCGGAACCGACGAACGCCGCUCCGUCGAUGGUAUCUCAACAUUUACCACCCUCUAAUGCUAAACAUAGCAAAAAGUUUUUCUGAGUGACAACCAUUCUUCCAUGGUCUAACGGUAAAGAGAUAUCAAAUGUGACAUUCACUAGGUAGUCCUACAAGAUAGAUACAUCGUAUCUGCAUCAGCGCUGCCCUUUUGCGGGGUAGUGUGUCUCGUUGCAUUUCAAGUCAUUGUCCAGCGUAGAUUGCAUAGCAUCUACAGCUAGACUUAGCACCACAUCAUAAUUAUACUCAAAAUGGGGCUAUCUUCACGUUGAAAGUGAUACAACUACGACUGCUAUGAUAAUGUCGUAAAUAAAAAAUAAGGUCGAACGAGAUCGAGGAAAAGCAAGAAAUUCGAGGCGGAAGCUAGAAGCUUUGCACUAUGUGCAUGCUUUGGUUCAUCGGUAUGAGGCGCAUUUUCGCUGUGAGUUUGGGCGGACUGGCUACCAGAAUUCGAACACCUUAUUGCAGAAAGUCUCACCACAAAGUCCGAUCUAUGCACAUCUUCGAAAAGCGAUUGAUGCAGAACAACAUCAAGCAGAACAACAUCACGACAAAGUCCCAUCUACAGCAAACCAACAUCAAGCUAUUGGUAUGGCGAGGAAGAACAAGCUGCUUUGUUUUGGAAGCAUGCUGAACACGCGCAUCGCCCAAGCGGUCGAAAUAGCAGGGAAAGCUGGCUUGACGAAAGAGAGGUGGCAUCACGAGUGCCACAAUGCCCCUGCAAGAAUCAAGACGGAACGAGCUCGUUUUUCAACUUCCACUUCAAUAUCAGGAUCAGCAUCCAGAACCAGAAGCACAUCUAGUUGUACAACUUUCGCUCUUGAAACAGGUACGUCACGCUGUCCCGGUUCAAAUGAAACAGCGAUACAGGAAGAAAUCGUGACAUGCGAACGGUUACACACACGGGAAUGGACAGUUCUCUUUCAGUAUGUACAGACACUAGCACACGAACUCGUGCAAACUUCUCCAUAAAAAAAUGUGAUAGAUUUUCACACUUAUCAAACAACAUGAUUUUCGUUUCGCUUUUGUUUUUGCACUACAAAUUUUGCACAGGGAGCAGCAUCUAUUGAAUCAGUUUAUUUUGUAAAUGAACUUGAGCAGUUGUACGUACAACGAUCUUGCGAACCCUGAGUUUGCAGUUGCUCUACUGUAAAUCAUCGUAGUACGCAUCGUCUUCUGCUAUCAUGAGAAUUCUAUUAAUAGG